AUGACCGGCUAUGAUGAAGGCACCAUUAGGGUGGGCAGACAAGCCUUCAUCGGUCAGGACACUGAGUACAGGAGCUGGGUCAUUAUGUUGCAGUUGGACAAGGCGUCGAGCGGCUAUGGAGCGGCGGCAGGUGGCUUGGGGCGAGUCUUCGGCGCCAGUGUGAUCGGAGCCGCCUCCCGCUCGGGGUGGGGGGGGGGGCGUGUGGUGAGAGCUCGCCCGCCUUGCGGCAGCGAACUGACCAAGACCAUGUCCGGGACGCGCCGGCAUCUGCUGGACCUCGCCAAGCUGUCGGCAUUCGCUCUCUUAACUCUGACUGCCACCCCUGAGGAGACACAGCCGAACCGCGGCCGCUCUUCGCGCUCCUGUUUGAUGGGACCUCGCUUGAGCUUCAGCCGAGAACAAGUGGGCACUCGGAUCGUGGGGAGAGCCCGUUCAGAUGGUCAGCACUGGUUUCGUGCCCAUCCCGGUUUCGCAGGUGUAAAUCUGACCGCCUGGAUCCGUCACGGAAACGGCGGGCUCUUCAUCCCCAAGCUCGGCAGGCGUGGGGUUGGCUCGGUAUUCCAGUCCGGGCCACGGACAACGCUGGGUUUCGUGGGUUUUACUCGCGUGCCGGCCACAUCAUCCACUGGGAUAACCCCCGGAAGUGACGCCUGUAACUCCGAGUUGAUCUUUGCUCGGGUGAAUUCUGUUCCACACACACGGGGAACAGCAAACAGGCCGGAAUUCAGAGGCUCCGGGAUCUUAACGCAGAAUGGUAGGCGCGCAUGGCUGGAAUAUAAUGGAGGGGUUCAGGCUGCUUCCGACGCGCUGUUCGAAGACACGGUUCAGAGGUGGUGGCAAUACCGCAACGAGUGUCUGGAGAACAUGCUGUACCAGGAGAAUCGGUUAACAGGUGUCUUCUGUCCCCGCUCCUUUGACAUGCACAUCUGCUGGCCGGACGGCUUACCUGGGACCCAGGUGAACGUUUCCUGCCCCUGGUACAUCCCGUGGAUCGACAGAGUGGGUAACGGCUCCGCCUUCAGGUACUGUACGGAGGAUGGAUCUUGGCUGAAGGACAAUGUGACCAAUCAGCCCUGGGUGGACCAUUCAGAGUGCGACGAAGAUGAUGUGUUUCUCCGGCAACAGGUGUUGAAACGCCAGGUCCUGAACUCUUUCCGCUGGGUUUACACAGCUGGUUACUCCCUGAGCCUCCUCGCCCUCCUCACUGCCAGUCUCGUUCUCGUCUCCUUCAGGAGGCUGCGCUGCGCCAGGAACCACAUCCACCUGAACCUGUUUGCUGCCUUCAGCCUGCGGGCUGUCGCUGUCCUCAUCAAAGACUCCUUCAGCGACCGGCUGCAGUCGGCCAGCACCACCCCUCUGGAGCCGUGGAUCGGGGCACCGCUCUCCCAGCUGCUGGCGUGCCGUGCUGUGCAGGUUUUUCUCCACUACUCUGUGGUGUGUACCUAUCACUGGCUGCUGGUCGAGGGCCUCUUCCUCUACGUGCUCCUCGAGGUGUCGGUCUUCUCGGAGCAGAAGAGUUUCCGAGCCUACCUGCUGAUCGGUUGGGGUCUUCCACUGGGAUUCAUCUUACCCUGGAUUGUAGUCAAAUAUGUACAGGAAAACACAGGGUGCUGGAGACAGAACAAGAACAUGUCCAUCUGGUGGAUUGUCCGGGCACCACUGCUUCUCGUCAUCACUAUCAACUUUGCAAUUUUCAUCCGGAUAAUGAUCCUGCUCAUCUCCAAGAUGAGGUCCCCGCAGGUCCACGACACAGCCUGGAGAAACCGUCUAACCAAAUCAACUCUCAUUCUAAUCCCUCUCUUGGGCGUCCACGAGGUUCUCUUUGCUUUUGUCACAGAUGAGAACGCCAGAGGCACGCUGCGGUACGUCAAACUUUUUGUGGAGCUCUUCUUUGGUUCCAUCCAGGGCCUGCUGGUUGCUGUCCUUUAUUGCUUUAUUAACGGAGAGGUCCAACAUGAACUGAGGAAGAAACUGCAACAGUGGAGGAUGAAGAAGAACUUGAGGAAGUCCCAUUAUCGGAAUGGUGGUGGCCAGAGGGAGAGGGUGGACGGCAGUGAACAGGAUGUGGAAAUGGGGACCAGAGAUGACCUUGAAUCUCCCAAUACCGAUGAAGGUCUCCUCAAUACCCUCAGUUCCCAUCAGGGGUUAAAUUCAGAGAUAACAGAGCUCCCAGGUCAGGCCAGCACGCUCGUGCUCAGUUCCAAUGAUUAGGAGUGGUGGUGUGUGCUGAGAUAGAAACAUGGAAACCCUACAGCACAAUACAGGCCCUUCGGCCCACAAUGCUGUGCUGAAUAUGUACUUACUUAGAAAUUACCUAAGGUUACCCACAGCCCUCUAUUUUUCUAAGCUCCAUGUACUUAUCCAGGAGUCUCUUAAAAGACCCUAUCGUAUCUACCUCCACCACCAUUGCCAGCAGCCCAUUCCACGCACUCACAUCUCUCUGCGUAAAAAAACUUAUCCCUGACAUCUCCUCUGUAGCUACUUCCAAGCACCUUAAAACUGUGCCCUCUUGUGCUAGCCAUUUCAGCCCUGGGAAAAAGCCUCUAACUAUCCACACGGUCAAUGCCUCUCGUCAUCUUAUACAAUCCUCCGUCACUCCAAGGUGAAAAGGCCGAGUUCACUCAACCUAUUCUCAUAAGGCAUGCUCCCCAACCCAGGCAACAGAGCAGGACAGAGAGGGUGGCCAAGGGAGAACCAGUCAAGUCAGACAUUGUUCCUUUACAGAUGUGUCUCUUGCAGUGUUGCUGAUGUAUCUGGAAGGGCUGUGGCUCAGGAGACCCAAGACCCAGUAUUUGUCACGAGGGUUCUCAGCAUUAGUAACUGUAGGAGAAUGAAGGAGUGGCCAAUAAUAACUGUAUCACAGAUCUAUUGCAUGUUCUGUUGAUACUCAGGGUACAACAAUGGGAAGAGAGGCAGGAAUGAAUCUUUAUCCCAGUUGGAAGUUUUAAAAAGGUGUGCAGUUAACAUGACCUGGGUUCAAUUCCCACCUCUGUCUGUAACAACUUUGUACGUUCUGUCUGAGACCAUGCGGGUUUCCUCUGAGCGCUCCAGUUUCUUCCCACUGUCCAAAAAUGUACAGGUUAACACAGAACAGUACGGCUGGGUACAAGUCCUUUGGCCCACAGUGUUGUGCCUGUUGACCUUUUAACCCACCCUAAGAUUAAACUAUAAUACUGUAAGAUAUUUCAUCAUGGCUGAUUUAUUCUCCUGCCUUCACCAUAUAACCUCAACUUUACUAAUUAAGAAUCUAUCAACCUCCGCUUUAAAUAUACUCAAAGACUUGUCCUUCACAGACGUCCAUGCCCUUUUUAUGCAAGGCCUUAGAGAUUGUGGAGCCAUGAACUUCAUCUCCAGUUGCAGCCACUGACUUCUGCAGCUCACUCAGAGUGACUGUUGCCAUCACAGUAGCCUCUUACAAGUGUGAUUCUUCUCCAGCGACUAAGUUUUGAGGGUUAACCUGACCUAGGCAGCGUGGUUUUUCCCACUUUUUCGCGAUGGACUGCAGUAAGCUCCAAAGCAUGUUUAGUGCCUUUGAGAUGAUUUUGUACCCUUCCCUAGAUUUGUGUUUCUCUGUUACCAAUUCCCUGACUUGCCUCAAAUGCUCUUUUGUCUUCAUUUUGGUUUGGUCUAUUGAAAAUUGACCAUAUUGUUGGACCUUACAGAUAGAGGGGGUAGUUAUUCAGGUGAUCCUCCAAUCUUCUACAUCAAAAAACUGAGUGAGUUGGUAAAUUAAUAUACAGUAUUGCAGCUGAGGAAAGUUGUAUAGUAAUUACAAAGGGGUGAACAUUUUUUCAACCUCACAAGUUUGGUUUUAAAUUUUUAGCAAAUUGGUGAGAGGUUUUGUAAUUUUUUUUUAUUUGACGUGAUGCAGAAUGUUUUGUAGAUUUGCUCAAAAUCCUAUUUCAGCAUAUUUCAA